GUGUGUUUGUGAAACUGUGAAGAACCAGUCAGUACCCACUCAAUAGAUUUAAAUUAAGACUCAAGUUAAGGGAAAUUAUAAAUAAAGACAAAAUGGUUGCUCUUUAUAACGUUGAAGACGAUUACGGCCAAAAUCCCAAGACCUUGGGGGAUUGGGUUAAGAAUUUUCGCUUAAAAAGAAUACAAAUGAAGCGUAAAUUACGCUCCUCUUCGGGCGGUGAGCUAAGAGUCUGCGCCAUUUUGUCGACUGCCUUGAUGACGGCCGAACUAGAGCUACGUCGUAAACAACAAGAACGUUUUCAAAAGUGGCUAGAAUUUCAAACCAAAAUCAAUAAAAACCACGAACUCCAGACUCGACGAGAAAGAAAUGAAAUGCUGAAAAAUCAUCGAAGUAGCCAAGUGGAUGAGGAAAUGGUUCUGGUGACCAGUGAUGAAAAUGAAGGAAAAGGCUCCAAACAAAGUGAAGAGAUAACCCAAUUGUGGAAAGAAGAACUCAGUGAAUUAGAUAAUUUUAUGCGCAGUAUUAGUAGUAGUGGUAGUUGUAGACAUAGCAUAAACGAACCAACUGCAGCAAAAGAAAUCAAUAACAGUGUUGGUGGAGGAGGCCACCACCACCAAAGUGAAAGCCUUAAUCCUUACCACCAGCAGCCUCCUCUAACAUCACAUCAUCAGCCGAUUGAAGUUUCCAGUUAAUGCUUAAUUUUUAAGAGCAGGAAAGAAGGAAUGAGUUGCUCCUCCCGUUCUUCUGCGAGAGCGACUUGAAAUGUGAUAUAGAUCUAUCCUAUUAUCUUAUAUACUAUACAUAUUGCAAUAUUUUGUAUCAUUUUGUUUGUUUUGCUAUUCUCUCUCUCCUGUAAAGAAUUUUGUUUCGAAAGUUU